AUGUCUCACUCAACUCCUCCUCUCACCUCAACACCUUCUUCAUCAGGUACAUCUCAAGACUCUACUGUUUACGAAAACUCUACUACUACCAGUACCUCCUCCUCCUCCUCCUUCUAUGAAGACGACGAUGAGGAAGAUGAGGAAGAUGAGGAAGACGACGAAGAAGAACCAUUCAUCAUCCUCCAAGCAACCGCUAUAAAAAUUACAUCUUUCCCUCCUACUGCUGCUGGUGCUGUAGCGAAAAUCUCUAUGAAAGGGAAAGGAAAAGGUAGUGGUAUUGCCACUACUACGAGCCAGAAAGUCGGUAGAACUCCUGUUAGAGCUCCAGCUGUUGCUUCUAGACCUCCUGCUUUUCUGGCGACGCCGGGAGAUGCUUUGCCGGUGUUUUCUUCGGAGAGGGCGAAGAGGGCGGCGAGAUGUCCUGGCCUUGAGGGAUAUGCACGUAGUGUGACUGGUGCGUUCUUCAUGGUCGUUAUAGAUGACGUCUCAAAAGGCGUCGCGCUAUUCUUUGCUUCUUCAGCUGCAGUUCAGAAGUUUGGGCUCAAUCUAAAGUGCUUGGAGAUCGCUUGA